ACGCAAGAGGACUGGGGCGGCGCAGAAUCGAAUGAACUCAGGAUCUUGAAAGUUGUGGUUAUUUCCAACCCUACCGAGUUCGUUUAUAACGGACGGUUCGAUGAAUGCUCGAAUCUAUUAAAGAGGUUAAUUCACAGAAAGAAGACCGUGGAAGUUGGGCAGAUUUUCAACUGCUAUGAGGAUUCUCAAAUUCUUCAUGGGGUACAGUUGCAGAAUGCUAUGAACGCUUCCUGCUGUGUGACGUUGGCUUUGUUUGAAGACGCUGCAUGAAACUGGUAACUCCCACUCUGGCUCAGACAUGGCUGUGAUAGUGAGAGAGGGGCGGUUCAUAGCCCAGAGGAUCACCAGAAGCAUCACCUACUACUACACCAGCCGGACACCAGGGGGCGAUAGCCCAUCCCCCUCUCCUCCCACCAUCUCCCCCACCUCCUCCCAUCUAGACACUCCUCUUCCCUCCCCCUCGUACUCCCUCUCCACCCCCUUUCUCCCAGACUUGCCCACUCACCACGACGUUUCCUCAAUUCUCACCCCUUCCGCUUUGGAUGUACCACCCCUCUCUCCAUCCUCGCCCUCCUCCCACCGUCCCCUCCUCCUCCUUUUCCCGUGGCUUGGCGCGCGACCAGGGGCCAUGGGGAAGUACCGGGACAUCUACCUGGAACGCGGCCUGGACAUCCUAUCUGUGGAGAGCACUGUGUGGCACUUCCUGUGGCCUCGCUGGGGCCUGGAGUAUGCAGCCGAGGUCCUGGAGCUCCUUGAUGACCCGCGUUUCAAAGGGCGCCCCCUUCUGGUCCACGCCUUCUCCAUCGGCGGGUACACUUUCUGCCAGCUUCUCAGCCAGAUGGUCAGGGAGCCACACAAGUACCCAGGCCUGGCCCAACGGGUCAUAGGACAUGUCUAUGACAGCCUGGUGAUCGGGUCGCUGGAGCAUAUGGCUACAGGCCUGGGCAAGACCCUGUUCCCUCGUAUCGAGCCCCUGGUGCGAUACACCGCUCUGCUCUACUUCUGGCUCUUCAAGUCCCAGACGGUGCACUACUACGACAACUCAGUCCAGGUCUUCUACAACAGCCCCGUCACUGCCCCGGCGCUCUUCUUCUUCUGCGAGAACGACGCGAUGUGCGACCCCGUCACCAUGGAGGCGGUCCUCGACUUCUGGAGGAAGCGGGGCGUUGCUGUGGAAACCAGGAAGUGGAAGGAGUCUGUGCACGCUGCUCAUCUACGCUGUCACCGAGAGGAGUACCUCUCAACACUGGAGACAUUUUUUCACUUGCUCAACAUCGCCCCCCUCAGGGCUAAGAUGUGAAUGGCUCAUGUGCUAAUCACAGUGAGGGGUUUGAUAAUUCAAUAAAUCCUGCAUACUCAUGCUCCAACACAAAUGUUAUAACAGAUGUUAUAACAAUAUUAUAACAGUGUAGUCAUGUAGCAUGUAAACUUUUAUCCAUAGAAACUUGGUUGACACAUACCCAGCAUAUGGGUCACGAGGGAAUCUAACCCACAACACACAAGUUUUACUUCCCUGUUGCUAUAAUAACAACAUAUCCAAUCCUAACUCCUAGCAUGUGUUUUGACUUUACUAUGUUAAGGUCGGUGUGCCUUGGGUGUUUGGGAAAUCCUGACCUAGACUUCAGGCUACAGGAAUAGUAUUUUGUAUAUUUUUCCCAAACGAUAGAAAAUUAACUAAUGGGUCAAAUAGUAUCAGAAUAAAAUAGACUGUUAGAUGUAUGUAGUUCUGUCCUUGAGCUGUUCUUGUCUAUGUUGUGUAUUAUGUCAUGUUUCAUGUUCUGUGUGGACCCCAGGAAGGGGGAUGAGACCUCUUCAGAGGACUACCACUACAAUGGAGGCUACAAGACCUCUUCAGAGGACUACCACCAGCCCCUACGAUGGAGGGUAUGAGACCUCUUCAGAGGACCACCACCAGCCCCUACGAUGGAGGGUAUGAGACCUCUUCAGAGGACCACCACCAGCCCCUACGAUGGAGGGUAUGAGACCUCUUCCUAGGACCACCACCAGCCCCUACGAUGGCGGGUAUGAGACCUCUUCAGAGGACCACCACCAGCCCCUACGAUGGAGGGUAUGAGACCUCUUCCUAGGACCACCACCAGCCCCUACGAUGGAGGGUAUGAGACCUCUUCAGAGGACCACCACCAGCCCCUACGAUGGAGGGUAUGAGACCUCUUCAGAGGACCACCACCAGCCCCUACGAUGGAGGGUAUGAGACCUCUUCAGAGGACCACCACCAGCCCCUACGAUGGAGGGUAUGAGACCUCUUCAGAGGACUACCACCAGCCCCUACGAUGGAGGGUAUGAGACCUCUUCAGAGGACCACCACCAGCCCCUACGAUGGAGGGUAUGAGACCUCUUCAGAGGACCACCACCAGCCCCUACGAUGGAGGGUAUGAGACCUCUUCAGAGGACCACCACCAGCCCCUACGAUGGAGGGUAUGAGACCUCUUCAGAGGACCACCACCAGCCCCUACGAUGGAGGGUAUGAGACCUCUUCAGAGGACCACCACCAGCCCCUACGAUGGAGGGUAUGAGACCUCUUCAGAGGACCACCACCAGCCCCUACGAUGGAGGGUAUGAGACCUCUUCAGAGGACCACCACCAGCCCCUACGAUGGAGGGUAUGAGACCUCUUCAGAGGACCACCACCAGCCCCUACGAUGGAGGGUAUGAGACCUCUUCAGAGGACUACCACCAGCCCCUACGAUGGAGGGUAUGAGACCUCUGGACGUCUUCAUGCUUAUCAACUCUAUGAGCAUCAGGCCAAAAGGAUUCUGCACGGAUGUUGUCUUAUGCGUUUCUAGAAUCUGUUGUAAUUAUUUGUUAUAACUGGACACCAAUGUUUCGUAGCAGGCUUAUGGGAACAAGGAGCGUGCUAGCCAGGUACUGGUGGAAGAGAAGAUCCGGAGAAGAAGUGGUGGAUUGGCCACACCCUCCGAACGCCCCCUUUCCAACAUCACCAGGCAAGCUGUAUCCUGGAACCCACAAGGGAAAAGAGCAUACUGAAUUAACACCUGGAGGUGAGAGAUGAAGGAAGAUACAAGGAAAACCAGCAUGAGGUGGAACCACAGGAGGUUGGUGGCACCUUAAUUGUGGAGGACGGGCUCGUGGUAAUGGCUGGAGCGGAAUCAGUGGAAUGGUAUCAAAUACAUCAAACACGUGGUUUGAUGACAUUCCAUACAGCCAUUAUUAUAGGCCGUUCUCCCUCAGCAGCCUCCACUGUACUGGGGAAUGAGAAGAAUAAUACUGGCCAGAACAGUGAUGGAGAGCAGCCUCCACUGUACUGUGGAAUGAGAAGAAUAAUACUGGCCAGAACAGUGUGAUGGAGAGCAGCCUCCACUGUACUGUGGAAUGAGAAGAAGAAUGCUGCCCAGAACAGAGUGAUGGAGAGCAGCCUCCACUGUACUGUGGAAUGAGAAGAAGAAUACUGCCCAGAACAGAGUGAUGGAGAGCAGUUAUCAGUGGCCUGUGCUCCCAAAGGAGCGAUGGGCCUAAGCAAUUAAAUUAAUGUUAUGAGAAGUUUUACCUCUGCUAUUCAUUUCAGUUUCCCUUUAAAUGUUACUAUCUAUACCAGAACUUCCCAACUCUCUCCUCAAGAGACCCCAACCCCCAGACGUUUCACAUUUUUGUAUUAACCCUAAACAGGCACACUUGAUUCAAUUAGUCAAAGGCUUGAUGAUUAGUUGACUAAUUGUAGUUGACUUCAUCACACAUCAUCGUGGGUGCAAGUAAUUAUCAGCUAGAACAGAACCAGCAGUAGUCUGGAACUCCAUAGGAUAAGAUAUAAACAGCCCUGGUCUAUACAGCACGUGUUAGUUUAAUCCACAAAAUACUAAGUGCAUUACCAGCCACCACAGCUGGAUGAGGAAGUAAAGGGUUAACUUAUGGUUAAGUAUCUUGGCCAAGGGUACACUCUGAACUACCAUCCCCAUGUGGUCAAGCGUCGAGCUCUUGGCUGCAGACACCCCAGUUGGCAUGGGUUUACAGUUGAGGAACGACCUGUGCCUAACCCCUGGCACAAAGAAUCACACACUUAUGCGUGCCCACACUCUCUCGCUCACGUAGCAAAUAAGAGAAGGAUAGGCUGAAAGGACUGUGCAAACAGGAGAGGUGAAUAAAGAUCAAUGGGGUAAAUAGUUAGACUGUUAGAUGCAUGAACACUAGAUGGGGCCUGCUCUCUCUGCUGUCUCCUGAAGUCCACGAUCAGCCCCUUCAGUUUGUUGACUUUGAGGGUGAGGGUAUUUUCCUGGCACCACUCCACCAGGGCCCUCACCUCCCUGUAGGCGGUCUCGUUGGUGAUCAGGCCUACCACUGUUGUGUCGUCUUGAUUGAGUUGGAGACGUGCAUGGCCACGCAGUCAUGGGUGAUCAGGGAGUACAGGAGGGGGCUGUGGUUUAUGCUGAUAUACCCAGUUCCUCUGCCAAAAUGAAAGCAAAUAGACAGGUUAAGAAAUUAGAGAAGUAUUAGGAAAUUAAAUUAAAACUUUAGUUCCUACAGUAUCAAAUACAUCUAAUCCAAUCUAGUGUCUAAUUCAAAGGUCAGUUAAGAAUAGUGUGUGCGUGUGUUUAACCUACACUUCAAUAACUUUCCAGCAUGUGCCUCACAUUGUGCUCGCUACACCACCAUAAAAUACUCAGAGCUGCGUGUUUGUAUUGUUCCCAUCGUUGCAGCAAGGAUUGGAGCAUCGAUUUGUUCCCUUGUUGUUUGUCAGAGAUAAAUUAGACAUUUAAAUAAAUGUGAAAUUCAACCUUAAGGUUCAAGGUUUUUCUGUGUAGCUAACCAAGUUCAGCAACUGGGGUUGAUACGUGGUUAGUGGGCAUCUUGUGUAUUUACAUCUGUAAUCAAAGUUCCUUGACCUCACACAUGUGUGUGCUGCCUUCGACGAAUUACCGUAGUCCUAUCAAAGAUGGUGGAUAAAUGAAGAGUUUACUCAGGCCGUUUACCAUUGGAGGCAAAAAAGUCAGUAACGGUCUACUUAACCUGUUGUGUCUUGCAUAGACAUCAAUGCAAUAGGAGCUGGUUCUGGUCUACUUAACGUUAGUUAAUUGACUUUCAUAGACGGAUGGGUUGUUUAGCAACAAAACUGAUGUAGCAAAUGUUGAUAAAACAAGUUUACUGGAGAACUGAGACGAAGUAGAGACUCUGGACAGGGUGGAUUAGGUUUAAUUAAAAGCAAUUUAUUCAGAGGUAAAAAUAUC